AACUUCUAUAAAUAGAAGGCUAACAAACAAGACUAACAUCAACAGAACAAAUGGCGUCUCCUCAUACUCUCACAUUCCUCUUCUUAAUUUUCACAAACCUCUUACUCUUCGGAGCUUCUUCAUCUAUAGAUCAUGGCUACGACGAUUUUCUCGAAUGCUUAACCGAUCAAUUCCAACGCUCAAACUCAGCUACUGAUAUAAUCUAUACCCCUCAAAAUGCAACCUAUGCAUCUCUUUUACUAUCACAAAAUCUCCGGCCAGCUUCCAGCUUGUUGGAGAGACCCGACCUCAUCGUCACGCCCUUCCACGUGUCCGAAAUCCAGGCAGCAAUCUACUGCUCCCGGAUGCUCGGCCUGCAGAUCAGAGUGAAGAGCGGCGGCCAUGACUAUGAAGGCCUUUCCUACACCUCCGCAGCAACGCCUUUCGUCAUCGUGGACAUGAGAAACUUCCGAUCAGUAACCAUCGAUGACAAGGAGAAAACUGCAAGGGUGCAGGUGGGUGCAACUCUCGGCCAACUCUACUACACAAUCUCCCGAAAAAGCAGGACUCUUGCUUUCCCAGCCGGUGUUUGCCCGACGGUGGGCGUGGGCGGCCACUUCAGCGGCGGAGGAUACGGCAUGAUAUCACGCAAGCAUUCCAUCGCCUCCGAUCACAUCGUGGACGCCAUAUUGAUCAACGCUGACGGCAAAAUCCUGGACAGGAGAAGCAUGGGAGAAGAUCUGUUUUGGGCCAUCCGAGGAGGCGGAGGUACAAGCUUCGGGAUUGUUCUGGAAUUCAAGGUGACGUUAGUCACUGUUCCAGAAACAGUCACCGUCUUCAACGUGACGCGAACAUUGGAAGAAAACGCGACGGAGAUAGUCCACAAAUGGCAAUACAUCGCCGAUAAGGUCGAUGAGAAUCUCCUGCUGAGGCUAUUUUUGAAUCCCGCCAACUCCCCGACGACGGGAAACCGUACAAUCUCAGCCUCGUUCACGUCGCUGUACCAGGGACGGACUCGCGAUGUUCUGCCGAUAAUGGAAGAGCAUUUUCCGGAGCUGGGAUUAACCGAAGAAGAUUGCAUUGAGAUGAGCUGGGUAGAAUCCCUUCUCUUCUUCGCAAAUAUUGAAAAUCAAACCCUAGACGUGUUGGUGGAUCGGACGCCGCAGGGCGGCUUCGGCUCAUCUUACUUCAAAGGGAAAUCUGACUAUGUUAGCGCUCCAAUCCCGGUGGACGGCCUGAGAGAGAUAUGGAGGUUCCUUCUAGAAGAUGAAGGUUCUAGCUUGCAGUUCAGUCCGUAUGGAGGAGUCCUUAACACAUUCUCCGAAUCUGAAACACCGUUCCCUCAUCGGAGGGGAAAUAUAUUCAUGAUCCACUACGGCGUGGGAUGGAGCAACCUAAAUGAAUCGCAAGCACGUAUUGACUGGAUCAGAGGGCUCUAUAGCUUCAUGGCGCGCUACGUAACCCAAAAUCCGAGAGCUGCUUACUUCAAUUACAGAGAUCUUGAUAUUGGGAGGAACAAUCAAGGGAACACCAGUUACGAUCAGGCUAGUGUUUGGGGCCUCAGCUAUUUUAAGAACAAUUUCAGAAGAUUGGUUCGUGUGAAGACCAAAGUUGAUCCGUCAAACUUUUUCAGAAACGAGCAAAGUAUUCCAGCGUUGGCGUCGUAGAAAGGACGAGUUGUUCAUUGAUUUAGUAAUUAAUAAGGAAUUAAUAAAAAUGACGAAUAAAAAUGAUGUGUGAUGAAUUUGAUUUGCUUAUUUAUAUAUAUUGGCACAUGCCAUGCAACUGUAGUACUUUAUGGAUUCGUUUGUUAGCCAUAAUAAGAGUGAGAUAUAUAUCUAUAGCACUCUAAUGCAUUGUUUGCUUUAAACAUCAAAGCCAUUUUUAAAUUA